UGUACUUGUCGCAUCGCGUCGUGCAACGCGGUGCACGUGCCAGAUGCAUAUACACUGACAGAGCACUCGCAGAGCAACGAGCAUUUGUUGUCUUUCCUCCACCGCGACCAUCAUGCCACAUAUUCCUGUCCUUUCUCAGAUUGGCAAUCACGGCGACCAAGCUCUUCCGAGAGCAAUUAUCCUGGAUGAGGAUUCAAAAAUCAAACAAGAUGAUGAACAGUUGGCGUAUUCUUACAGCACUCGAACGUUCGAGAGGUACCGCAAACACGCUGGUCAAGAUGACGAAAAUCGCCCCAACAGACUGGCAACUUUCGAAGCCAAUAAAUAUAAGCAUCGCGUCCUCAGCUUUAACGACAAUGAGGACUUGAAAAGGGAGAUUGUGAAUGAGUUUGCUGAGCAUGCUGGGCAGGGGCAUCAAGAGCCUCCAUGGGCAACAGCCAUGAAGAAUGACAUUAUUGAGCGGAUUGAGAGACUGGAAACUGCUGUUGAUGAACUUCGGGUUGAGACUCGAAAAAUAUGGACAAGUGUCCAUGAAAUGAAUGCUCGAGAACUGCAGGAGCUCAAUACACUGGCUGAAGAUGGGAAAUUGUAUGAAGUUCCAUUGAAGGAUGGGAGGAGGCACUGGGGAAAAGCGAUGACAUUUAGUCGGCUCUAUCCUGAACGCUUGUCACCAACGGAUGUUGAGGUUGUUUUACCUCGACUCAAUUCCGUAUCGGCUGUAAACCACCUUGGAGAAAAUCAGGUGCGAGGGUACCUCCAUGGCUACUAUGGUGAACCCCUUGACGAAGCAGCUGAGGGACAAGGGUGGAAGGAAAGUACGAAUUUGAGAGAAAAACGCAGGCUUGUGUUGGUAGCGAUUGGUGCUGACAAGCGCUGAGCGCUGAGCUGUUGGCAGUCUUGGGUUGGAGUGGGGGCGAUAAUGUGUUUGUAAUUCAGUUGGUUUCUCAGUAAUAUCUGUAUAAUAUCAAGAGAAUUCUAGCAGG